AUGUACGAUAAAAUUCUCGACGACCACGUCGUGGACAAGCAAGAAGAUGGAACUCGCCUCGUCUACAUCGAUCGACACAUGGUGCACGAGGUUACCUCCCCUCAGGCAUUCGAAGGCCUUCGCACGGCUGGCCGCGUUGUCCGCCGACCGGACUGCACGCUUGUCACGGUCGAUCACAACGUUCCCACCUCGGAUCGUUCCGCUUUCGAUACCGUUGAAAACUUCAUAAAGGAAACAGACUCCCGUGUACAAGUGCUGGCAUUGGAACAAAAUGUCGAGGAAUUCGGCCUCACGUACUUUGGUCUCGAUGAUAAACGACAGGGUGUCGUUCACAUCAUAGGCCCAGAGCAGGGUUUUACCCUUCCCGGUACAACAGUUGUGUGCGGUGACUCCCAUACUGCCACGCACGGGGCGUUUGGCGCUCUUGCGUUCGGCAUCGGCACCUCCGAAGUUGAACAUGUGCUGGCAACACAGACUCUCCUGCAAACCCCUUCUAAAAAUAUGCGCAUAACAAUCGAGGGAGAGCUCGGGGAUGGGGUGACAUCAAAGGAUAUAAUUCUUCACGUCAUUGGUGUUAUCGGCACUGCAGGUGGUACAGGUUCAGUAAUUGAGUUUGCAGGCGAUGCCAUACGAAAACUGUCCAUGGAAGCAAGAAUGUCAAUUAGCAAUAUGGCAAUCGAGGCUGGUGCUCGAGCAGGUAUAAUCGCCCCAGAUGAUAUCACCUUUGAGUACCUGAGGGGCCGUCCGAUGGCUCCACGCGGCGAAUUAUGGGAUCAGGCGGUGGCAUAUUGGAAAUCUCUAGUUUCAGAUGAUGACGCAAAGUACGACAAAGAAAUUAUCAUAAAAGCCGUGGAUAUCGAACCGACCGUGACAUGGGGAACCUCUCCUCAAGAUGUGGUUCCCAUUUCUGGCAUCGUUCCAGACCCAGAAUCAGCUGGCGAUCCCCAGCGCGCAGCUGCGAUGAGACGAGCCUUAUCAUAUAUGGGUCUGCAGCCAGGCACAAAAAUGGAAAAUGUCGCCAUAGAUAAAGUGUUCAUCGGAUCUUGCACUAACGGUCGCAUUGAGGAUAUACGCGCCGUAGCUGCGGUGGCCAAGGGUAAGAAAGUAGCAGAUGGUGUAUAUGCGAUGGUUGUUCCUGGUUCUGGUGUUGUCAAAGAACAAGCAGAAAAUGAGGGGCUGGAUAAGAUCCUUAUUGAUGCGGGCUUUGAUUGGCGAGAACCCGGCUGUUCGAUGUGCUUGGCCAUGAACCCUGACAAACUUUUGCCCCAGGAGCGAUGUGCUUCCACUUCAAACCGCAACUUUGAAGGUCGCCAGGGUAAUGGCGGUCGCACUCAUCUCGUUUCACCUGCGAUGGCUGCCGCAGCUGCCAUCACGGGAAAGUUGACCGACGUUCGAAAGCUUGACGUGGCCGAUGAGCUCCCCGUAUACACCGAGUCAAAAUCCUAUCUCAGCGAUGACCUUGUAAUCGCGCCUUUGCCAAAGAAAGGAAAAGGUGGAGCAAUCACAGGUGCUAGCGGCAUGCCCACUUUUACCGUUCUGAAGGGUAAAGCCGCAGCACUUGACCUACAAAAUAUCGAUACUGACAUGAUCAUUCCGAAACAAUUUCUCAAAACUAUUCAGCGUACCGGUCUGGGGAUAUCAGCAUUUUAUGAGAUGCGAUACGACAAAGAUGGGAAAGAGCGGGAUGAUUUCGUGCUCAACAAGGAUGCCUAUCGCAACUCAAAGAUCCUGAUAACGGGCGACAAUUUUGGCUGCGGGUCCUCCCGUGAGCACGCGCCGUGGGCUAUUAAUGACUUUGGCAUUCGUUGCAUCGUGUCUACUUCGUUUGCAGAUAUCUUCUUCAAUAAUUGCUUUAAGAACGGGAUGCUUCCUAUCAAGUUGCCCGAGGCUGAUGUGCGCGUUUUAAUGAGUGAUGCGGAAGCUGGUGCUGAACUAGAGAUCGAUCUACCGGCUCAGGUCAUUCGUCGCCCGGGCGGAUCCGAAAUCACCUUCGACGUUGAUCCGUUCCGCAAAAACUGUCUCAUACACGGUCUCGAUGACAUUGGGCUUACGCUGCAAAAAGGUAACCAGAUUUUAGAGUUCGAGAAAUUCCGGUCGGCAGCUUAUCCUUGGCUUGAUGGCGCCGGGUACGAAGAGCGCAAGGCCUCUUUGGCGCAUUAA